AUAACCUUUUUUCACUUGUAAAUACAGUUUUAGGAGAAUAUCAUAUGUUUUUUAUGGUGCACUAGUACUAAUAGAAAUUUUUCAAGAGUUACUUUGGAUUCAAUUAAGGUAAACAUGCAAGAGCAUCGUUUGAAAAGGGAGUUAGGGAAAAUUCAAUCUCAUCCUCCACAGGGAAUAUGUCUUUAUUACAAAGAGGAUAGUACAAAUGUGUUGGAAGCAAAAAUUGAAGGUCCUCCAGAUACUCCUUAUAAAGAUGGAGUUUUCACGUUAGAACUAACUAUAUCAAAGAAAUAUCCUUUUAUUCCUCCUGCAAUAAGAUUCAAAACUAGAAUUUACCAUCCCAACAUUGAUGAUGCUGGAAGAAUUUGCUUGGACCUUAUUAAAAUGCCACCUUCUGGCAACUGGAGACCCACAAUUGGAUUGGAGGGUUUAUUAAUUGCUAUCAGAACUUUGAUAGAAGAACCUAAUGUAGAUGAUCCUUUGAUGGUUGAUAUUGCAAAUCAAUACAAAAAUGAUCCAGAUGAAUUUAAAAAGAAGGCUGAGGAAUAUACACGAAGAUAUGCUAAAUAAUUAUAUGUAUGGUAUAAUACUUCUUAUUUAGUUUUACAGAAUUAACUUUUUUUUAUACUGUUUUUCUAAAAAAUAAAUACUAAAAUAUAAUGUUAUAUCACAUAUUUGUUAUUUAGUUUUACAGAACUAAUUUUAUUUUUGUAAUAAUAAACAUUUUUUGUUCA